AAAUAUAGCUGUAUUUUUCUCUUACUAUCAUCAUCUAGGAAACUUCCUAGAAGCUGACUAUGGAUUGGUACUUCCUUCUUCCAUUUAACCUCCUCUCCUUCCUCCCUCCUUCAUCAUCAUUCUACUCUUUCCCUCUUCUUAAUUUCUCCUUCUUUAACUAUUAUCAAUCACAAUUUUCAUCAUGAAGCUCAUCACCAACCUCCCAAAAAAAUUCUUCAGGUCCUCCAAAAAAACACGAUCCAUUUCUCGAUCAGAAAACACUUCAUUUGGAUCAACAACAACAACCACCUCCACCUUGUCCUCCUCCGAUUUAUUAGCCACUCCAAAGAGCGUGUUAGUACAACAUGACAAGUGGCAAUCAAACAGAGAAGAAGAAGGCGCGCUGCAACAGCAAGACAAGUGGCAAGCAAAAGCAAACAGAGAAGGAAGCGUGUCACAACAUGACAAGUGGCAAUCAUCAAACAUAGAAGAAGGCGCCCUACAACAUGACAAGUGGCAAGCAAACAAGGAAGGAAAUGUAAGCGUGCUGCAACAACAUGACAAGUGGCAAGCGAACAAGGAAGGAAGCGUAAGCGAGUUACAACAUGACAAGUGGCAAGCAAAGAGGGAAGAACUUGAGGCGAUAUUGACAAGAGUUGGAACCGAACCACUAAGUGAUGAGGAAGUGUUAAUGUUCCUUAACGAAGGAUUAGUAGAUAUUGAGGUUGACAUAGAUGGAGAUAAUAUAAGUUCAGAGGAGUUACGAGGUACGUUUGAUUUUUUUGACGUUGAUCAUGACGGAAAGAUAACGGCGGAGGAAUUGUUUAACGUGUUUACAACUAUUGGAGACGAUAAGUGUACGUUAGAGGAUUGUAAACGUAUGAUAAAAAGUGUUGAUAAAAAUGGAGAUGGAUUUGUUUGUUUCGAGGACUUCUGUAUUAUGAUGGAAAAUCAAAGAUGAUUGCGCUGCUCGGAUGGUAAGUAACCUCACUUCGAACUCAAUAAGUUGUGAGUUCGAGUCAUCGAGGAGAUCUACUAGGAAGGCUAAAAGGAAUAAAGUCAUUGAAUUUUUUUUUUUUAAUUGUUGGGGGAAAAUGGUGUGAUUAUUCAAGAAUUUGGAUUAAUUAUGAAGUGUAAUCAUGCUAAGUGUUAUGUAUAAAAAAUUAUGAGGAAGAACUUCCUUUUUUUCAA